UCAUAUCAACCGUUCAAUAAAGAUCAGGUAAAUCAAAUUAAAUUUCAAAUCUAGUUUAGAAAUUUUCUAAACCUAAAAUAAUAAUCCUCUAAGAGGAUUUGUUACCUUAUUUACACACACUAGUAGUACACAAAAACACACCUCUUUUCUACCUUCUUUACCAUCUUCAUUCUUUAUACCCUUUUGGAUCCAUUCUCAUGGUUUCCUUCAAUUCCAUCUAAUUUCCCCAAAUUCCAAUCCUUUUCGCUCAGAUCUCAAUUGGUUAUGGAAAUGGCUUCUAGUCCUCGUUCGGUUGAAGAGAUCUUCAAAGAUUACAGCGCUCGUAGAACUGCUGUUGUUCGUGCUCUCACUCAAGAUGUUGAUGAAUUUUACGGUCUCUGUGAUCCAGAUAAGGACAAUUUGUGCCUAUAUGGACAUGCAAAUGAAAGCUGGGAAGUAACUCUACCGGCCGAGGAAGUUCCGCCAGAGCUUCCUGAGCCAGCUCUUGGAAUCAAUUUUGCUAGAGAUGGCAUGAACCGUAGGGACUGGCUUUCUCUUGUUGCUGUCCACAGUGAUUCGUGGUUGCUUUCGGUGGCUUUUUAUCUUGGAGCUCGUCUUAACCGCAAUGAAAGGAAACGGUUGUUUAGUUUAAUCAACGAUCUUCCCACCGUUUUCGAAGUCGUGACUGAAAGGAAACCAAUUAAGGACAACAAGCCGACAGCAGACAGUGGAAGCAAAUCCCGAGGAAGUGCCAAGAGAUCCAGUGACGGGCAAGUCAAAAGCAACCCGAAGUUUGCAGCAGAUGAGGGUUACGAGGAGGAAGAAGAUGAGCACAGCGAAACACUUUGUGGGAGCUGCGGCGGGAAUUACAACGCAGAUGAGUUUUGGAUUGGCUGUGAUAUAUGUGAAAGGUGGUAUCAUGGGAAAUGUGUGAAGAUCACUCCUGCAAAGGCUGAGAGCAUAAAGCAAUACAAGUGCCCUUCAUGCAGCAUUAGGCGGUCUAGACCCUAAUUUCAAAGGCAAUUGGGAGAAUAUAUAUUGUCACAAGUGAAGUGCUGUUUUUCAUGGCUGGAAAAAGAUACUUUGACAUUGUUAUUAUUACAUUACUUAGAGAAGUUCAUGUAAUACUCUUUUAUGUUUGUGACUUUAGUGAGAGAAAUAAACAAUUUUUCUCAAGUUUUUAUUUAUGUUUUUUCUCUCUCCAUAUUGGAUGACUUAUAUUCAGACUUUAGUAAA